AUGGGUACAGUGACCCCCCUACUCUACAGUCCCCCUACUCUACAGUCCCCCUACUCUACAGCCUCCCUACUCUACAGCCCUCCCUACUCUACAGCCCUCCCUACUCUACAGUCCCCCUACUCUACAGCCCCCUACUCUACAGUCCCCCUACUCUACAGUCCCCCUACUCUACAGUCCCCCCUACUCUACAGCCCCCUACUCUACAGUCCCCCUACUCUACAGUCCCCUACUCUACAGUCCCCCCUACUCUACAGCCCCCUACUCUACAGUCCCCCCUACUCUAAGUCCCCCCUACUCUACAGUGCCCCCUACUCCACGCCCCCCCCUACUCUACAGUCCCUCCCUACUCUACAGCUCCCCCCUACUCUACAGCCCCCCCUACUUCUACAGUCCCCCCUAUCUAACGCGCCCCCUACUCUAACAGCGCCCCCUACUCUACAGCGCCCCCUACUCUACAGCUCCCCCCUACUCUACAGCUCCCCCCUACUCUACAAGCCCCCCCUACUCUACAGCUCCCCCCUACUCUACAGUCCCCCCUAUCUACAGUCCCCCUACUCUACAGCCCCCCUACUCUACAGUCCCCCCUACUCUAAAGUCCCCCCUACUCUAAAGUCCCCCUACUCUAAAGUCCCCCCUACUCUACAGGCCCCCUACCUAGUGCCCCCUACUCCACGGCCCCCCCUACUUACAGGCCCCCCUACUCUAACAGUGCCCCCUACUCUAAAGUCCCCCCUACUCUGA